AGUUGUUGGAUAAAUCCUCCUUUUUCGGUCGCAUGAUGUUCACUUCGACAACUUGAUCUCCACACAUGGCGUCACCUUGUUCUCCAGAAAUAACUGCAAAAAGGCUUUCGCUGACCUCAAGCUCUAAUAGGACUUGAAAAUUUCCUUUGGGAGAUGCGUGGGGAUGACGAUGGGGAUCUUGCGAAAAUUUUGGAUCUUGGGGUGCAUCAGAUUGCUGCAUUUCGCUGAUAUUCGUCCUAUGGGUGAAGUAAAUUGAAGAAUGUGUUUGAAAUCGAGGAUUCCGUUAAAGGAAUGAUUACCUUCAAGGUGGACAUUCGGAAGGCAAGUCUUCCAAAUUUAUCCGUGUUCUAAAAUGAAAGCAUUCAAUUUUGUAACUGUCCACUACAUAUUUAUUUUCUUCAACGACCCAACGCCUCGUCAAACGACUCAAAAUAUCCUCCGCAUGUUGAAAGCUCCCCAUCAAAAUCCAACUGCGGAGACUCCAAAGGCUGAAGUGAGAGUCGAGAAAAAAUCGACUUUUCUAAUUCGUGUGGGUCAGAAGGAAAAAAGUGAAUCAAGCUGUCAAUUCGAACCUCAUAAUAUCCAUCCUUCCACAGUACCACAACGAAAAAAAAAUGUCAAAAUCAAACUUGGAGCAUGAAUUACUGCAAGGUCAAUCAAUCACAGCAGACGAGGUGUCGCAGAUUUCGAGCCCCGUUUCUUUGAAAACGAGAUGCGAUUUGGACUCUGUGACUCCAUUCGCAAAAGACAUGGUGGAAAAUGUGAUCACAGGAGCUCUGGGGAUUCUGGACAUUAACCGGAAAGAAAGUCAGUCGGCAUCUCCCAGUAUUUCAUUCGCUGAUCAAUAAAUUUUGCUCACAAUCAGGCAAAUCCCGGAAGGACAGUUUGGCCACGAAUAAAAAUUCUUGCGACUCGUCGUCGGGGUUGGAUCUUCAAUCCACCGGUGAAGGAAGCGUCGCGGAGUCCGUACCUCAAGACAAUCGCACUCCUCCCUUUUCAUCUGCGGAUGUUCAGCGAACGAUUGUCCAAGUGAUGCAGCUAAGCGUCGAAGAUGCUAUGAACUGCGACUCCGUCCACGCCGAACAGGUCGCCAAGAUCGUGAAAGGUCUGCAGGACAUCCAGAUCGGCGACUCCGCCUACGUUUUGCCGGCCAACGGUUCGAACAUCGAAAGGCAGGUGAAAAGGGCGGUCCGAAACAUCAGCAACCUCGAUUUCGGAGACACGGAAGCGACGCAAUUGAUCGUUUGCGAUGGACAGGGGGACGUUGACACCGCAAUAAUCGACGCGGAAUUAGGACCCCCAAGUUGCGCGAAGCCUCACCAUGACUCAUCGGAGAUCCCGACGCGCUUUCUGCACAAAAUGAUCGAAGAACUCGAAGAAGAUGAUUCGACGAAAGCGAUCGCGCCCGAUCAUCGGAACAAGGAGGGGAUCGCUACCUGGGAGGAAUCGGAAGAACAGUUCAUACGAACGAUCGAAGGACACGCCGAUAACGCAACGGACCCUGUGGCAAUGGGAAACCAGGACUUCCACCCCUCGGUUAUGAUCGAUGAAGAAUCGUCAGGCACCACCGCGGAAAGUGACACGGCGAAUCGGGUUUUGAUGGACGCGUUACGACACGGUGACGGGGUUUGCAGUUCGGAGGAGAUAAUCGCCGAUCAAGAAAUCGGCGACCUUCGUUCCAGAGACCUAUUGGAUAAUUCUACGGACGAAGAUCCGUACUGGUGUACAGCGGGGCUGAUCUCGAGGGUCGUUAGCCAUCGACAGGGCGAAUCUAUCGAAAGCAAAGUCCUGCCCGCAGCUGGACAAGAACCUCGAACGUUGGCUGUGGAUCUGAAAAGUCUUCCAGUUACGAGAACCGGAACAUCCCUCCAGGAGUCAGCGUCCCUUGCCGAACUUGAGGGUAAGCAUUCGAAAGGAGAGAGGAAUUCGAAGGGCGAAAAAACGAAUUCUUUUCGUAGAAGAGUGAGGAAAUUUUUCGCAAGAUUUACGAGAAGUAAAAACUGCUGAGCGCACGUCGAUUUAUAAAAUACAUAAAAUUAUUAUGCAGAAAAUUUGUGCGAGGAUCUUCUGAAUAAAAUUUCAACGAUUCUAGGGGCUGGAGGGAAAUGAAUAAAAUUGUUCAAAGGUCAAUAAAUUGGAUAAUCAAGCCGCGUGUAGACAUUUGGUAAUGUUUCGUUAAAUAUUUGCCAUAAGUUAGAUCGGAAUCUGCAGGUGUGUAAAAAUCUCUCCAUGAAGUAUCGAGGGCACGUAACACUUACUGAGAAAUCACAGAGUCCAUGAUGUGAAAAAAAAAGAUUUGGAAGAGAGACGCGUAUUUGAUAUUCCGUAGUUGAUUUUACAGAUACUUAAGUAUGUGGAUAAGCUCCAACGUAGCUCGACGCACAUUAUAUAAUAGAAAUCGCGAUGGUAGUCUGGCCAUUCAAAUAUUUAUAGAAUUUCAUUAGCCCGAUCACUAUACUGUGGUAUGGUGAACAAUAAGUUGAGAAUUUAAAACAUUCUGCCUAUCUUAUUAGCGAUCUGGAACAGCCGAUUCAAAUUUUUGAAAUAAUUUGAGUACACGUAACGAUUCGCGGAUAUAUUUGGGAGUAACAGUUUCUUGCACGUAUUUUGGAACACCUUGACUCAUCGUGCGAAUUUUUGUUGCUGCAGCAAACGAAUGACUGCAUUGAACUGAAUUUUUACAGCAAUUGAUGUGAAUGAAUGUAUCGUUAUCCAAAAUCGAAGCAGAGGAGGGAGAGGCAAAGGGAGCUUUUUAAAUCAACGAUCAUCACGUUUUGUUCGAUUACAGAGAAAUUUUGAAAUUGUAGAGAUUCCAAGACUGCGACGUCUUCUUUAGAGAGACACGCAGUUAGUCAUUUUUCGCGAAUUGGCGGGGUAAAAAUUCGGUCAAAGUUAAUUUCUUUCUCCGCAUUAACCGUGAGCUCGAGUAUUUUGAGUUGACCAUCCGGGAGCGUAUAAAAAACGCUAGAACGUUGGGAUCUGG